UCCACUCAUAUCACUAACUCUCUCUCUUCGUCACUCUCACUUUUCCCUCUCCCUCUCCCUCUCCCUCUCCCUCUCUCUCUCUCCACAAGAAACGCCGUCGCUCAUAAAAAAUGAUGGCGUUGGGAAGAUCCGGAGGUACCGUCCUAUUGCUCUGCCUAUCGUUCUUGGCCACGGUCACCGCCGAGAGUCCAUACCGAUUUUAUGACUGGAAUGUAACAUACGGCGACAUUUACCCACUCGGUGUUCGUCAGCAGGGAAUAUUGAUUAAUGGGCAAUUUCCGGGACCGGACAUUCAUAGUGUGACAAACGACAAUCUCAUCAUUAACGUACACAACAGCUUAGACGAGCCUUUCUUAAUCUCAUGGAACGGGGUACAAAACAGAAGGAACUCUUAUGUGGACGGGAUGUCCGGAACCACGUGUCCAAUUCCACCAAGAAGCAAUUACACAUACAUUUUGCAAGUGAAAGACCAAAUUGGAAGUUUCUACUACUUCCCAUCCCUUGCGUUUCACAAGGCGGCUGGUGGGUUCGGAGGCAUCAGGAUCCUUAGCCGUCCGGGAAUUCCAGUUCCCUUCGCUGACCCUGCAGGAGAUUACACUAUCCUCAUUGGAGAUUGGUACAAGUCUAAUCACACGGAUUUGAAGUCUCGUCUUGACAGAGGAAGGAAGUUACCUUCUCCUGAUGGUAUUCUUAUCAAUGGCCGAAGCAACGGUGCUACUAUAAACGUUGAGCAAGGAAAAACAUACCGAUUGAGGAUAUCAAACGUUGGAUUACAAAAUUCUCUAAACUUCAGAAUCCAAAACCACAGAAUGAAGCUUGUGGAAGUUGAAGGGACGCACACACUUCAAACCAUGUUUUCCUCACUGGACAUUCAUGUUGGCCAGUCUUACUCCGUUCUCAUUACUGCUGACCAAUCUCCUCGUGACUACUACGUGGUUGUUUCGUCUCGGUUCACGGAUAAAAUCAUAACAACCACUGGUUUUUUUCGCUACAGUGGCUCGUCUGCCUCAGCUUCUGGUCCAAUUCCUGGUGGUCCCACUAUUCAGGUCGAUUGGUCCUUGAACCAAGCACGUGCCAUCAGAACCAACUUGACAGCUAGUGGACCAAGACCAAACCCGCAAGGUUCAUACCAUUAUGGUCUUAUACCGCUCAUUAGGACUAUUGUGUUCGGUAGUUCAGCCGGACAGAUAAAUGGAAAGCAAAGAUAUGGUGUCAAUAGUGUGUCAUUUGUGCCUUCUGACACCCCUCUAAAACUGGCCGACUUCUUCAAGAUAAGCGGUGUCUAUAAGAUCAACAGUAUCUCGGACAAACCCACUGGUGGAGGUUUAUACCUUGACACAUCAGUUUUGCAAGUCGAUUAUAGAACCUUUAUCGAAAUUAUAUUCGAGAACAAAGAAGAUAUCGUCCAAAGUUAUCAUCUCAAUGGUUACUCUUUCUGGGUUGUCGGCAUGGAUGGUGGACAGUGGAAGACAGGGAGCAGAAAUGGUUAUAAUCUACGAGAUGCAGUUUCAUGUUCCACUGUCCAAGUGUACCCAAAAUCAUGGACAGCCAUUUACAUUGCAUUGGACAACGUAGGAAUGUGGAACUUAAGAUCAGAGUUUUGGGCAAGACAAUACUUGGGACAACAGCUUUACUUGCGUGUCUUCACGUCAUCUACGUCUUUGAGAGAUGAGUACCCUAUCCCAAAGAAUUCGCGUCUGUGCGGCAGGGCAAGAGGACGACAUACUAGGCCUCUAUAAAGAAGACAUACGAGCUUACGUGAAAGCCAUAUUGAUACAGGUAUAAGUUAUAUAUAUGUUAUUCUUGCAAAGACUUGCGAUGUUAUAAUGAGAGAGGAUGUCCUAAAAGUCUAGUUUAAAGAGAUCUCUGCUCGAGGUUUCAAUUUGAAUGUUAUUCGUGUUUGAAUUCUUGUGUUGCUUUCUAUGCUUUUAUCAUUGAUGUUCUUUUUCUUUCCU